AUGUACUCACUCCAGAGUCUUCUCCCGAAGCGCACAGCGCCUGAAGAUGAGGUCACUAAUUCAGAACAACAAAAUGUUGUCCCCAAGCCCCCUCCCAAGCCCGACAUGUCAGAGACACCACCACGCUUUCUCAUCAUUGGCGCAGGAUCUCGAGGCCAGAACUACGCUGGAGCAAUUGACAGUGUCUCCAACGGCGUAGUCGCCGCUGUUGCGGAACCUCUCAAGUUCAAGCGCGAGUCUCUCGGUCGCGCUCAUAUCUGGCGGGAUGGUUCUCCUGGAGAAGGCCAAUCGUUCCAUGACUGGAAAAAGUUUCUUGAGUAUGAGCAGCAGCGCCGAAGAAGAGAAGCUGCAGGCGAGCAGAACGUGCCAGAGGGUGUUGAUGGAGUCUUUGUAUGCGUUCUCGAUGAGAUGCAUCGCGAGGUUAUCGUUGGUCUUGCACCACUUGGAUUGCAUAUCAUGUGCGAGAAACCUUUGGCGUGCUCACUCCAAGACUGUAUCGACAUGUACAAGGCUAUGCGUCCCUCGCAAUCGUCCAAGAUCUUCUCCAUUGGCCAUGUGCUACGUUACAGCCCGCACAAUAUCAUGCUUCGCAAACUCCUUGUCGAGGAGCGUGUUAUCGGUGACAUUUCGAGCGUUGUACACACUGAGCCAGUUGGCUGGUGGCAUUUCUCCCACUCGUACGUCAGAGGAAAUUGGCGCAACGAGAAUACCACAGCCCCAUCGUUGUUGACGAAGAGCUGUCACGAUAUCGACCUGUUGCUGUGGUUGCUUUGUUCUCCCGAGAAGGCCGGCCAGGGCGAGCCACAUCUUCCUUCGACGGUAUCAUCCACUGGAAACAUUCACCUUUUCAAGAAAAGUCGUAAGCCCAAGGCGGUAGGAUCAGUAACUAACUGCACGAAAUGUCCCCUUGGAGACGAAGGCUGCAAGUUCUCUGCGAAGAACAUCUACCUCGGCCCCAAACUCAAGGGCCUCCAGGCUGGAAACACAAACUGGCCCGUCAGUAUCGUUGUCCAUGAUAUUGAGGACUAUCCUACACAGAAAGAAAAAGAAGAAGAGGUAAUGAAGGCUCUUGAGGAAGACUACGACGAGUCUACGCCCAAGACUGAGAUCCAAUCUCGCAACUGGUUUGGCCGCUGCGUCUUCGAAGCCGACAACAAUGUCUGCGACGACCAAUUCGUGACAAUUACCUGGCCCGAAUCCAGAAAGCCUGCAAAGACAGCUACUCUGCACAUGGUAGCCCAAACGGCCAAGAUCUGCGAGCGCUACUCCCACUUCUACGGCGAGCACGGCGAGGUCUACGCCGACUCGCGACGUAUCGUGGUCGAAGACUUCAACACAGGUGAGACAAAGACGCAUCAUCCUCGAGUCGAAGAUCUUGGCCACGGCGGCGGAGACUUGGGUCUUACACGCCAGUUUGUCAUGGCGUGUGAUCGAGUUAGGAACCACGGCUGGGAGGCCCCUCGUGCGCAGGAUGAAUUCAUCGGAUGUACUCUUGACGAAGUCCUGCGAAGCCAUGCCAUGGUUUUCGCAGCCGAGGAAGCGAGACUAGGCCGGAAGGUCAUUGACUGGGAAGAUUGGUGGAACGAGGGUCUUGAGAAACAGUUGGGAACUAAUGGGCAUGUAUAA